ACUGGAAGUUCAGUGCGACUCAACAAAGAGCUGGAGAGUGCGAUGAGAACAAUGAUGACGCUUUCACAGUCACAGCCGCUGACUGAGCGGGAGAAGCUUCACGUAGCAGCAUUGGACAUGUUUGCCAGUGGCCAGCUUCCAAAAGCUUGUGAUCUGUGGGAACAGAUCCUGCAGAGCCACCCAACUGACCUGCUAGCCCUUAAAUUUUCCCACGACACUUAUUUCUAUCUGGGAUACCAUAUACAGAUGCGAGACUCUGUUGCCCGGGUUUAUCCUUUCUGGACACCUGAUAUUCCACUAAGCAGCUACGUGAAGGGCUACUACUCUUUUGGACUCAUGGAAACAAACUUUUUCGAUCGUGCCGAGGAGCUUGCCCGUGAGGCUUUGGCUAUAAAUCAGACAGAUGCGUGGUCUGUCCAUACUAUAGCUCACAUACAUGAAAUGAAAGCGGAGGUGAAGAAAGGGUUAGAAUUUAUGGAGCAAACAGAAACCAACUGGAAGAACAGUGAUAUGCUUGCUUGCCAUAAUUACUGGCACUGGGCUUUAUACUUUAUUGAAAAGGGGGAAUAUGAGGCUGCUUUGACAAUUUAUGACAAUCAUAUUGCUCCCCGGUGUCUGUCAAGUGGAAGCAUGCUGGAUAUAGUCGAUAACUCUUCGAUGCUGUACAGGCUUCAUCUGGAAGGAGUAAAGCUUGAAGACAGGUGGAACAAUGUUCUCCAGCUUACAAAGAAGCACACCAAAGAUCACGUUCUUUUGUUCAAUGAUGUGCACAUCUUGAUGUCCUCGCUUGGAGCCAAAGACCACAAAACUACUGAUGAGCUUUUAACAACUCUUCAGGAACUUGCCAAAGCACCUCAUGGAGACCACGAGCUUUCCCUGGCUCCUAGUUUGGGCUUGCCACUGUGCCAGGCUUUUGUCGAGUUUGAAAAUGGAAACUGUGACAAAGCUGUUGACCUGCUGUACCCAAUCCGUUAUCAACUAAUCCAACUAGGAGGCAGUAAUGCUCAGGUAAAGGAGAUCAAGAAAAGACUUUUUUGA